AUGAAUAAAGAAGAUGAAGAGAAGAGUCGACCACCGUCUUCACGGCGUAACUCGGUCAGCCUGUCUCGUCGGAGUAGUGUCGACAAAACAGUACAUUCAACUAACUCAACACCAAAGAAAACUCAAAAGUUUGACUUUGUCGUUACGGGAAAGCAGAUAUUAAAAAAAAGUGACAGGGCUCAAUCCCUUCCUGGUGGUUUGCGGCGACAGUCAGCCGAUUCGUUGAGAAAAAAGAUCGAUUCACCGAAAAGAAUUCAAACAAAAAGUCGUGACGCAUCAUUGGACGAUGAUAUGUCUUUGGAUUUAUCUCAGGUGUCAGAUUUCGAAGACACCAAUUCAAAAUAUGGCGCGAAGAAAUUCACAACAUCAACCCCUAAGAAAGUGCACAAGCGGCUGAUUCAGAGUGUGCUGACGGACAAGCACAAUAAGUCCCUGGAAUCUCGGAGCAAGGAGAGCUCGUUCAGUCGGGACAGCAAAUCCAGUCUUGCUUAUAGCGUAAGUACGUGGCAGGAGUCUGAACCCAAGCCAACUGGAGAAUGGAGCAAUUUUUGGGCUAAUUAUAAUAACUCUUUAGCUCGGGUUCCAAUAAGCCGAUAUUAUGAUCAAUGCCCUACACCGUACCGUACUGAGGACUUUGACCUUACGGAUUUUGAUCUCUCAAACGAAGGCUUAAAACGCUCACCUGACGACAUAACCAACAUAAAUUACAUAAUUCGCAACGAAGGAUUACACCUUACUCCACGUGAAACGCAAAAUAUCAUUAAAUGUACACACAUUUUAGGUAAUGUCCUCACAAAAGCGAUAGAAAGGCAAUCCAAAGAAAGUCAAAAAGAAUAUCCUGAACCUAUAAUCGAUCUCGAAAAAGAUUUAAAGAAAAAAUCAAUGUCGUUAAAUCUGAAAGAGACAGUGUUACCUCUAGAAGUAAAAGAGGAGAAGACAUGGGAGUCUGUGCCGACACAAACCGACAUUUCGUUGCCGAACACGAAGAGUGCGCCGAAGAUAUUUGAAAAAAUUCUUCGUCAAUUGUCAAAAUCAUCACUCGAAGAAAAGGUGAUAAGUGAAACUCCGGAAGAAAGCCAGGAGACGAAAAAUGAGGAAGUUAAAGAGACAAAUUAA